AGGCCAAGGCAGGGUGCCUGCGAACGUCUGGGAGCCACCGUCCCGCGGCCCGCCGGGAGCCCCCCCCACCCCCCCGGCUUGCGGCGAUGUCCGGGUCGUACAGCCCGACCUUCUUCAUGCACUUCCCCAAGUACCACGCGCCGCACCUGAAGCCCGGGGAGGAGGCGAAGGACCCAGGUGACGAGAUGAAGCCCAAGUGCCUGGCAGCGUGCAGCAGCUGGCUCACGGAGUACAACUCCUGUGUCCAGCGAAUCUCCAUGCGCACGGACGGCAAAGGUGACUGCAAGGGUCAGUUCGAGGAGCUGAGCCAGUGCCAGGACCACUGCGUCGCGCACGAGCUGUUCGGGCACCUGAAGUGAGGGGCCCGGUGGUUGCCCGCCGCCGCGGCGGCGCGCCAGAGGAGAGGAGGAGGAAGCGGUGGAGCACGAUAUUUUUUGGCCGCCCUGGGAUGGCGGGCGUGUAUGAUCCGUAUUCGCCGUGCGCUGGCCCGCCUUCUACGGCCUGGCCCGCGCCGCCGUUCCCGAGCAGCGCUCUGCCCGCGCGGGGCCGCCCGGUGCCGCCUGGUGAGCUGCCGCGCGGCGUGGGGAAACCGCAGCCGGCCUGGACAAUGGGCAGGGCAUGAGGCCGACGAGGCACUUGCUUUGUCGCGGCGCCGUUUGUUCCGACUCGCGGCCUUACGUCUUUUGGAGGGCGCCUCGGCCACCAGAGCAAAUGCCGCCUCAGGCGCAGGACUUGCCGUGAGUUUGCCGCGGUGCCAGCGUCGUCGGAGUCGGCGUCAUCCGCGUGGGCGCGUUGACCGCCGGGCGACAUUUCUCCUCACACGAUGUUAUCCUCGUCCUGGCUUCGUCUCACAUAUGGUAC